AUGGAAACUCCUGCGGCAACAAAAAGAAAACAUGAAGAUGGGAUAACCAAUGAUGAUGGUCAAUCAACAGUGAUCGAUAAUACAAAUGCACAACCGGCGAAUAAAAAACAAAAAAAGAAGAAAAACGUUCGUUUUGAUGAUGUGACAGUUUAUUACUUUGCUCGUAGUCAAGGUUUUGUCAGUGUACCAAGUCAAGGCACAGUCACUCUUGGUAUGGUUCCAGAGCAUUCGCAUGUUGAACAGUAUUCAGUAACGGAUUUCUUACGUGUUCGUCGAGCAAUUCACAAAUCGAUCUUACGUGAAAGAAAACUACUUCCACCGUCUUCAUCUAACGCUAUGGAUAGUGACAAUGAUGAAGACGAACCUCUGCCUGUUGACGAUUAUUACUUUGUUCAACCGAUAGCUACACGACAACGUCGAACUUUAUUGAAACAAGCAGGUCUUGUUAAAAUUGAUGCGACGGAGAAAUAUGAAUUAGCAUCGAUUCGACGUUCACGUGAAGUUUGCGGUUGUUCAUGUACACGUGAAACAGGCGGAUGUCAACCGACCACAUGUGACUGUUAUUUGAAUGGGAUUGCAUGUCAAGUUGAUCGCUUAACAUUUCCAUGUCCGUGUGCGACUAUGCUUUGUAAAAAUCCUUUGGGAAGACUUGAGUUCAAUCAAAAUCGUGUACGAAAUCAUUUUUUUGAUACAAUCACAAGAUUAGAAGCCGAAAAAAAACAAGAUGAACUUGGUAAUUUGUCUCUUCUUGUUUUUAUCUCUGUACACAAUCUUGCUUUAGCUUGUUUUACCAGUCAACAAACGAUGUCUGAUGAUCUGUCUACUAUCACAUCGAUCUUAUCAUCAAUCAUAUCGCAAAUUGAACUCGAAGAAUAUCAAAUCGCAUCUGCUGUACAUUUCCUGGUCUCAUCAGUCGAAGAUCCAGUAAUGAUUACCGAAGAAUCAUCAACACUAUUGCCGAUGAUUUACUCGUCGAAUGUGCAAACGACUUGUAUUCCAUCUUCAUCCAAGGAUCACUUAAUUCCAACAUCCCGAGAAUGUCAGAAAUCGUCGCUACAACGAAAGACAACUAAUUCUCUUUCAUCUUCAGCAAUAAUUUCGACUGAAUUGUCAUAA